AUGUCGCUAGACCAAGAAUCGAUCUCUGGAGUACGAGCAGCCAAGUCCGCUGGGGCUCCUCCAAGCGGCCAAAUCACUCCACCUUCGAAAAGACUUAGAAACUUCACAACUAGCGACCUAGAGUCGUCUGUGGGGCUGCAUCCAUCCGAAACAAGCGCUGUUGAGAAGGAUUCUAUGCUCUGGCGUUGGCAGGAUGACCAGAUCUUCUUGGGAAUGGUUGCGACUGGCGUCCAACCGAAGCAGCACACGCCUGACGAACUACUCGCCGAGAAAAUGGGAAUCGAGACGAACUGGAAUUGGGCAAUCUUGCUGCGUCCGCUGGAAAGUGACGGCCCAGACCCUCAUCGCAUGACAGCGAACUACUCGGAUUGGGACGUGAAGGCUCGACUACCGCACGGAGUUGAGGCGAUCAAGCGACAUCUGGCUGAGGUGGAUAACGUCCCGUUGCCGGUGUCGCCUUACACGGACAGCACGCCGGACACGAUCAGCGAGAUGAUCUCGAUCUUUCAGGAGAAUCACGAGGUUGUCAUGGGCGUUGGCUCGUCACUAAAGGAAAGCAACGCGCCAUUGUUCUCGAAGGCGGAUUUGGCAGUAGCUUUGCAGGGUGGUGUCCACGCUUUCUUCGACGAGCCGAUUCCGCACGGGAAGGAGCUUCCUGUGCUUUCUGACGAGGAUGUCCAACUCAGUCACAUUCUCAACACCCUGGCGUGUGUUUUUCGUCUCAAGAGUGCUCCGGAUGACGCUAGCAGCCAAGACAAGGCACGCUCUGAGGCCACUGACGGCAAGGAAAAGGAUAAUGCAACUACGGAUGGGACUGCGAGUGUGGCUCAUCUAAUUGAGAUUAUCCGACUGGGACGACGAAUGCUCUCCAGCUUCCAUCAGGUGAAAACGUUCAUGUUCGUCUCGCAGCUUUUCAUCGCCACGAUCAUCCUUGCGUCCUACUCAAUUCCGUUCCUGCACGUGCCGCAGCUUUCGUGCGCCUCCGUCUUCUGGCUGCUCGAGAAAUGCAUCAUAAAGAAGACUCCACGCAAGAACGAAGAGUUUGAUACUGAAGAGGAUCUGCCGCGGCUAGUCGCUUAUUUUUGCUUGCUGGGCUUUUCUCUGCAAGCAUUGAACGUUGCUGAUCCGAGCGCCUUUGGAGAACAGUUUUGUGAGUAUCGAUGGACGGAUUUCGUACUACAUGUAGACAGCGAGUUAGUGACGAUGAUGCCGAGACCAGCUGUCGUCUCGGCUGCGGUGGAUCGCGCUGAAGCUGGGACGCUGCUGCUGAUUGGCGUCUGCAUGUUGACCUCGUCUUGUGGAUAUCUGUAUCGAUGCGAGAGUAUGUUUGAGCUUUCUCCCUUCCGAAACGUCAUUAUGCUCCGUGCGGGGAUCGUUGGUGCUGAUGGAGUCACUCUGUGGCAUUUUGUGAGCCAGUCGCUGAAAAGGCAUGUAACGUUGGGUGUGUGGCCGCUGGCAAUCUUAGGCGUUGAUGAAGCAGUCAAGACACAUGACAGACGACACCUUGUGCGCUACAAUAAGUUCCUCCGGAUGCAGUUCGACACACGCCUGGGAAUGUGGAGUCCCAAGUAA